AUGUUCUAUGCAUGUUUGAUAACAUUCGGUUGCAUAAUUCUUGGAAUCACAGGAAUCGUUCUAUCUCUCAUUGAUAUAAACAGAUAUAACUUUGGUCUUUACUUGGCAUUACUAUCAGUUGUUGGUACAACUGUAUCUGUUGCUUUUUGGAUUAUUUCGCCUAGGAUGUGUCCAAAUCCUCGAUGGGUUGAUUGGAUAUUAGUCAAAUAUGACCAUCGUCUUCAGCCAAUACGCGAUUUCCUCAUGAAUUUGAUCCGAAAACAACAGAAGCGUUUCUGGGAAGAUGAUGACGAUCUAAUUACAUCAAGAACUCGACGACGAUUUCGAUCGAAGAAAUCUCCCAUCAACCAACGGGCGAUUUCUCAGAAUAUUCAUCGUUACUCGGCUGUCGAAUCUCCAACACGUACAAUGACACCUGCGGAAGGUUCGACCACCGCCACAACCGUAUCAUCAGUGCCGAGUGUUUCUCGGACAGUUCGAAUAGAAGUUGAGCCCACAAUGGAAAUAGAACAAGAAAGUUAUUAA